CCUCACAACUGGGUGGUACGAGGUUCUGGGAUCCCGCUGAGCCAAACGUGGACUUCUGGUUUAAUACAGAAAAACGUUAUCUGGGCAAAAUCUAUCCCUCCUUUUUAUAAUAUUUUUCUACUUAAAGUGCAAUUAAGAUUGUACGCAGAUAAGAUGCAGAAAUCUGGUUUAUUGAUAUUGGCCCUCGUGCCUUUUGUCUACGGGGGGACGUUGAUGGAAGAGCUUGCUGCUUUGGGCUCAACGUCAGUUAUCAGAGAUUUGCUCAACAGAACCGGCCUGGCUCAACAGAUAGACAAAGAUUACCUCACCAUUUUCGCCCCAAGUGACGACGCUUUUGCUAAACUCCCAGAUGACGUGAAGAACACUGUUUUGAGCAACGCAACUAUUUUGUAUGGUGUGCUGCAGUUCCACGCAACACAUGGAAUUUUUAGGUCCCAAGACGCCUCGGACAACAUGAUGCUGGAGUCGACACUCAGCGGAUCCAAGAUUCGGGUCAACGUCUACAACGACGCCCAGGCAGGAAGCCAGGGUCCACUAUUCAUAACUCUGAACGGCGCCAAAGUGCUCAAGGCAAACAUCCAGGCAACUAACGGCUAUCUGCACCUCAUAGACACCGUGAUGAUGCCUCCUCUGGGCAACUUCUACGACAUUGUAUCUGGCUCCGACGUGCACACAGUUAUGAAGUCCGUUAUUGAUGAUACCAAUGAGCAGACCCUCUUUCAAAAGUUCUUGCUUUACCAUCUACUGGAGAGCGUGGUCUACUCGGCUGGAGCAAGGCCGGGGAUCUACACGACAAAGGACAAAGGGGAGAAACUCACUGUUACCAUGAUGGCUAAUGGAACUGUCAUGAUCAACCAAGCCCACGUCGUCCUCGGCGAUCUGUCCGCUACAAACGGAGUGGUUCACAUCGUGGAUAGUGUGCUGGUGCCUGAGCCCUACGCCACUGCCCUCAUCAUGGGAUAGAUCACUGGACCUGGUCACUAGUCACUGGACACUGGUUACUGGACGCACAGCUGCUGUCAACUUUGAACUUGAAGUUGGUUGUUUUUUUUGGUCGGGUUGCAGUGCUUUUGAACCUUGAACAGUUCUCAACCUUUACAGAUAGCAUUGCUUUUGAAUUUUGAACAGCUUUAAAUCUUUCGAGAUGAAGUGGGUUUUUUUUCAUUUUGAAAUUCUUUUAACUCUUUCGUGCUUUUGAACCUAGAACGUUGACCGUGACCUUUUGUUCUACGUGUAGGUAUCUGUACAAGUGUGUUAUUGAUAUACACGUAUAUGUUUAUUAUUAUCAAAGUGCAUUAGGUUCUUUUUUACAAUAGACAAAAUUGCCGACUCCAAGCUUUAAAAUGUUUCUCCUAAGCUACUAAACACAAUUAUAUUAGCGAUAUGCCGCUAUGAAUUGUUAAAGGUAUCAACCCACAUACUAUAUGACAACGCAUUAAUAAACACUCUUGUCCAGCCUUAAA